GCCUCCCUCCUCCUCCUCCUGCUGCUGACUAUGGCGGGCAGCCUUCGGCAGGUCGCUCUGGUGGGGACGGCGGUUGCUGUCGCCGGCGGGGUCGCCUACGCGGUAUGGAGGAGCUAUUUCCCCUCAGAAGCUGCUCAGGGGCCCGAGGAGCAGGAGCAGCAGCAGCAGCAGCCCUUACUCAGCGCUCAAGCAAGGGCCCCUGAGAGCCAGGAUGUACCACCAAGUAAGCAAAUCUUGGUUCUGGGUUUGGAUGGAGCUGGAAAAACCAGUGUGCUGCACUCACUAGCAACUAACCAAGUGAAGCGCAGCACAGCUCCCACGGAGGGUUUCAAUGCAGUGUGUGUCAGCACAGAAGAAAUGAAGAUGGAAUUCCUAGAAAUUGGAGGCAGUGAGUCUUUACGGGACUAUUGGAAGAAGUACUUGCCAAGAAUCCUGCUACUAAUCUAUGUUGUGGAUUCAGCAGAUCAUAAACGCUUGCCUGUUGCAAAGAAGCUUCUGCAUCAGUUGGUCCAGAGUAACUCCACCUUACCUCUUAUGAUUCUAGCCAAUAAGCAGGAUAUUGAAGGCGCAUACUGUAUCACAGACAUUCAUGAUGCUUUGGCAUUAUCUGAAAUUGGAGACAAGAGAAAGAUGUUCCUGAUCGGUACUCAUGUGGCAGAAGAUGGCUUCGAGAUCUCUUCCAGCUUGAAAGACACACGGGAACUGAUUGCACAGCUGGUGUCAGAAGUUGUGUGAUGGAAACUGGAAUAGGGUACCAUGUUAGGACCUAGAGUAUUCCUGUCUUGCCAGCUUACAGCCAUAAAUAGAGCUAUUUUAAAUUCAGAUCUUAUGGUGGUGAUGGUGAUUCCUUGAGUAUGGAAUUGCAAUGAAGAUGAUUUCAAAGUCGUGAGGAACCUUGUGGUUUAAGUUGUAAAAAUAGAGUAUGUGUGUGUUUGAAAAACCACCCUGUUUUAAACACGUGG